CUUUAAGGCUCGUGGGUUUCUGUUUCGCUCCGCGGGCGCGGGGGCUGUGCGGCCGCCGCCAUCAUGGAGCCGCAGCCCGACAGCCUGGAGGGGUGGGUGGCCGUGCGCGACACCGCCUUCGCCGAGCCUCAGCCGCCGCGGCUCCGCUUCCUCGUGGCCUGGAACGGCGUGGAGGGCGCGUUUGCCGUGACCUGCCACGGCCGGGCGGAGGCGGCGGCGCAGGCCCCGCAGAGCUGGGCCGGCCUCUUCUCGGCGCCGGCCCUGCGCGGCGUCCACCGGCAGCUGGCGGCCGUCUGUCCGCGCCUGGAGCCCGCCUUCCCCGCGCUGCCGCCCGCGCUGCCCGGCGCCUCCGGCGGCGGGGGGCUUUGGGCCGUGCUGUUCCCCGGCGGCGCGGCGCCGGGCGAGGCCGAGGUGCAGGAGCUGUGCCGGGAGCUGGAGCUCUACCUGGGCUGGGCCCUGGAGCUCUGCGGUGGCCGCGUGGUGCUGGACGCCCUCUUCGCCGCCGACCGCCACCGCGACGACGAGUACUUCGAGAGCCUCCACGAGCUGCGCGGGAGGGCCCUGCGCGGCCACCUGGCCCGGGCCAAGGAGGCCCUGCGGCGGGUUCUUCAGCAGCAUAAAAAUGCUGACACAAUGGUGGCUUUGAUGAAGGUUUAUGAAGAAGAAGAUGAAGCUUAUCAGGAUUUGGUCACCAUGGCAACACAAUUCUACCAGUAUUUACUGCAGCCCUUUAGAGAUAUGCGAGAGCUGUCAACACUGUACAAACUGGAAAUCCUGAAAUCUUUGCAGUAUGAUAAUUUGGGGCCUAAAAGAGUAGCAGCUUUGCAGAAAGAUGCCGAAGAAUGGACUAAGCAAGCUGAGAAUGCUGUGUGCUCCAUUCAGGAUAUCACUGUGAACUACUUCAAGGAAACUGUAAAGGCUCUGGCAGCAAUGCACAAACAGAUGGAACAAGAUCAGGAAAGAUUUGGUAAAACCACCUGGGCAUCAGCUUUGCCACGACUAGAAAACCUGAAAUGCAUGUUAGCUAAAGAAACGCUUCAGCAUCUGAGGGCAAGAGAGUUGUGCCUGAAACAGAAGAGAGCUGGCUUUCAGAAGAAUAUGGAGAAUCUCAGUGAACAAGAAGAGAACUUAACUGUAGUGGAGGAGCUGGAAAUACAGUAUUAUGAAACACAGCUGGAAUUAUAUAAUGUACAGCUUGAAGUAUUGAAACAUGAAGAGAUGCUGCUUAUUGUACAGUUGGACACUUUAAGGAGACAGAUUAAAGAGAAACAGGAUGAAGUUGUUUACUAUGAUACAUGUGAAAAUCCUGAGGAGCUCAAGGUCAUUGAACAGACAAUGGGACAACAUUACGCUAACUUGUCAGAAAUGACGAUGCUGAGGCAGAAGACUAAGCAGUUGGAGACAAAGCGUGGGACUGUCUGUGCGAGAAGAGCCUACCUCAGGAACAAAAAAGAUCAAUGUGAAGCAAGCCAUCGGCAGAGACUGCAACAGGCAGAAGAGAGCAAAAAACGCUUCCAGCAGCAUCACAGCAUACAGAUAAAGAGAGACAAGCAAAAAGAGGAGGAAAAAAAGAAAAAAGCUUGGAUAAGCCAGGAACGUCAGAAAACACUGGAGAGGCUGAAAACAUUCAGGGAGAAGUGUCCAGCUCAUGUUGUUGUGAAAACAUCUCAUCCCCAGCAUCUCAGUCCCAAGUUGCCACGAAACAUCACUCAGCAGGUUGCAGUACUGUCCCCGCUACCUUCAUCGAGAGCAAGGGCAGCUCCAGAGCAGCCAAAGAGCAUACUGCUAGUAGAAGCCAAAGAAUUAAAAGCUUCACAUCAGAAUACCCCAGCAGAUAUCCCUGUCCAGGUUUUUGUUACUGAUGGUGACACAGAGCAACAAAAGCGUAGCGAGGCACUGAUGGUCUCUCCAUCCUCACCACCACCACCACCUCCUCCACCCCCUCCUCCUUUACCCUCUCCUCCCCCACCUCCCCCCUUACCUCUCCAGUUAAAGACAACAUUGUCAGCAGAGGAUAAGCCACUUCCCCUUAGCUCGGAUAGCCCCACAGAAAGCUCUGCACUGCACAAACAGGAUGACUCAUCCAGGAGGUCUAUAAAUAAUUACAUAGAAUGUUCACAAUACAUCUAAGCAGCCUUUGUAUCCUCUCAGUUAAGAGGCAAACCACAGGCAGAAAUACCAAGGAAAGCUCAGCAUUUUCAGUUCUUCCAAGGUGUGGGGAAGUACAAGCAGCUGAAGGGCUGAGACGCAGUUGAGUUACCAUGGCGAACUACUGUGCUUCCAGUGGAUCAGCGUGCGGACUUCAGUCUAGGAGGUCCGUGGGAUAACUCUACCACAGAUACUCUUAAGUAGCUUUGUUUAGCAACAGGAGUUGUACACCAAGUAGUCUGAUUGCUACUGGAACAGCCUUGCUAGUAGCUAAUAGUUACUACCAUUCACAGCCUAACAUUGAUGUCCUUUCAUUAUUUUUGGAUAAGUAAAAUCUUUUUUUGUUUAUUGGAGAGAUCCAGUUUGUUGUUUACAGCUAUUUCAUGAAGAAAACCAGCAUGUUAAUUGCUGUAGUAGUAAUUGAUAAAAUACUGCCACAGGAACUUACUGAAACAGUUUCGUAAACAGAUUGGUUUUGGUUACACAUGGACUACUCAUGUCUUUGUAUGUGAAAAGCCAGGAGAGGUUCAUGUUCUGAAUGUGUUAGCAUACUUUCCAAGGGAAACUUCUUUUAUAAUUUGUUAGUCUGACUAGAGUGGAGUGGCUGAAGGAACUGGGGUUGUUUAGUCUGGAGAAAAGGAGGCUGAGGGGAGACCUUAUCGCUCUCUACAACUACCUGGAAGGAGGUUGUAGCGAGGCGGGUGCUGGUGUCGUCUGUCAGGUGGCUGGAGAUAGGACGAGAGGAAAAGGCCUCAAGUUGCGGCAGGGGAGGUUUAGAUUGGACAUUAGGGAAAAUUUCUUUACUGAAAGGGUUGUCAGGCAUUGGAACAGGCUGCCCAGGGAAGUGGUUGAGUCACCAUCGCUGGAGGUAUUCAAAAAGUGCGUAGACAAGGCACUUCAGGACAUAGUUUAGUGGGCAUGGUUGAUGGUUGGACUCGAUCUUAAAAGGUCUUUUCCAACCUAAAUGAUUCUAUGAUUCUAGUCUUUUAUCAGGCAGCUCAUUUGAUUAAUAGACUUAAGACUUUCUUACUUGAAGGCUUUGUAAGACGACUUGGUGGAUCUUUGCUUUAUCCUUUUCUGACGUCUCAGUCUCUGAAGGUACCACAGGAUUUAGCAGAAUGUUACAUUUCUAGUGCUUGAUGUUAACCACAUAACCUUAUGUGCACUGCGCAUGGCAAAAAUACUUCCAGCUGUGAGGCACAGAUGGUCUGGACCGAUGGCUGUAGGAGUCGACUGCUGUCCAGGGAAACUGCCUCCCUGUCCUAGGGUCUGAAGCUAGCAACAAAGAAUCCAACAGAAGGAGUAAAACGCAAAUUACAGUGUGUCUCAAAAGAACUAGUGGAAGCUCUCUCAGUAUGGUGUCCUUUAUGGUCUGAAGUUCAGAAAUACACGCCUGAGAUUUAAAUCAUGUUGUAAAACGGGAAUUAUUUUUUAAGUUUGUAGAGAAAAGAGCUGCCUGCCUGCCUGCUUAGGGCCUGAUCUGGCUCCCACUGACUUCAGUGGUGCAGUUUCAAUCCCUUCUACUCAAAUCCUUUCAUUUUUCUCUUGGCUGAGCAAAAAUGCAAUUGACAGUCUCAGCAGGCACUUGAGCAAGCUAGGAGGAAUGGUAGAUUGUUUCUAAUACAGAAUACAAGAGAUUUUUUGGUUCAGUGAAGUUUUUUUUGAAAGCCCAUAAAGUUGUAAUGAAAAAGAAGCAUCCUCCUUUGUGUAUAAUUUCUUCCUUGGAGCACAACCUUGUAUAAUGUUGAAGAGGCACUGGAUUCUCAAUUCAAGAUAUAAUAGCUUUAACUGCUUUCUAAAAGCAGUUCCAGAGCCUGGUGUUGCAGACGCUUGAAAGACUCUGUGACAGAAUAGACCAUUCUUUUUCCUGUCUCUAGCAAAUAUGAGAGGAAGAACCCUGAACGCUUGGGUGGGGUUUUAUACCUCUAAGUGUGAUUGUCUUGUUCUUUCUUCUGAUAACAAUAGAUUUAUCUGUUGCAGGUUCCAUGGAUGAGGUUUUGGCUUCACUAAAACGUGGUGAAGUUCAUCUUCGCAAAGUGGAACAGCCAAAUCCGUAUGCCUCUGUAAAAGACAACAUCCUCUCUGCCAUAAGGCAAGGAGUUAAACUACGAAAAGUGAAUCGAGAUACUGAGAAAGAUGUCAGUAAAGGAUCCACUAAUGAGCUAGAGAGAAGCAUUAAGGCAG